AUGACCAUUUCUAAAUCCACAAAAAACUAUAUCUGGUUUGUUAUACCUUUCGGGAAGCAAAUCAAAUCAAACCUUCCUUUACAGUUCCGUAAAGCCGUAGCUAAGAACUUUGCCAGGGAUUCUAGUAAUGAUAGAGGUAGUAUUGAUAAUAGCAACAUUCGUAACAGCGUUAGUAUUAACAAUGGUAAUAUUAGUAAUAGUAUUAGUCAGAUUAAUAACAGGGGUAGUGUUGAUGGUAACAACGACAGCAUUUCUAUUGUCAGAGAUAUUGCCGGUGAUAGUACAACUAAUAAUAAUAACAAUAAUAGAAAUAGUGUAGUGAUCAAUGCUAGCAGUAAUGGUAACAGCAAUCAGAACAAUAGAAACUCCGUUUUAAUCUCGGAGGAAAACCCUAAUAGAUUAAAGUUCUUAUCCAGUAAUUCCAAAAUUAAAAACUCCAUUUACCAGUGUAAGAUUUCUUCCAUUACCGGUGUCUUCUUCUAUAUUGGCGCGACAACUUCUCGAUUGUUCCAGAGAAUUUCCAAUCAUUAUUCAACUUUCCGAGAUAAGAGAAAACAGCAUACUACAGGACUAAGUAAAUUAGUUUGGCGUCUUAAGGACAGCAAUAUAACUUUCAAACUGGACUGA